UUCCCCUCAAGAAGUAAGAAGAGGUCACGAGUUGAGAGCUGGGACUAUACCUCAGAGAUUCUAUUCUUGGAUAUCCUGAGCCCCAUUGGGUCACCCAGGACCCUGGGUUGUGCAAUAUCCAACACGACACCAUUGCUGUGCUUAAAAAUUUCCCUCCAAACCCCCGGAUUCCAUUUCCCCUUAUGCCGGGGCUGCCUAUAAAGAGAAGGGGCAUAUGGCUUCAGAUGCCAGCAGGACACAAGCGGCAGUGAGGACCGGUCUCUGCUGACAAGCCCCAGCUCCAUCACCUGCUCUGCAUCAUGAAGGUCCCCACAGCUGCCCUUGCUCUCCUUCUCUGCACCAUGGCUCUUUGUGACCAAGUCUUCUCAGCUCCAUAUGGUGCUGACACCCCAACCUCCUGCUGCUUCUCCUAUAGCCGGCAGAUUGACCGAAGAUUCAUUGUUGACUAUUUUGAGACCAGCAGCCUUUGCUCUCAGCCAGGUGUCAUUUUCCUAACUAAGAGAAACCGGCAGGUCUGUGCUGACCCCAAAGAAACCUGGGUGCAAGAAUACAUCACUGACCUGGAGCUGAAUGCCUGAGAGGCUUGGAAGCAGUGAGAAACCAUGAAACAUUCUUGGGCCCUGUGUGGAGCAGGGUCCUAAGUUUCAGAAUAUCCCAGCCACCUCCACAGCUCCAUAUCCUGUAAACUGUUUGCUGCCAAGUAGCCACACACAGGGACUCUCAACUUGAAUUCUAAUUUAAUUUCAUAUUAUUUAAUUUUGUAAUUUAUUUUAUUGUCACACUUGUUCUUGUGAUGCUUAGUUCUGAACGAUCUCAGGGUACUUUCCAACACCCAUUCCCCCUCCCCUUGCUCACACUGUGUUUGGUGACAGUGGGAGUGGCUGUCACCAGCCUGUUCUAGGUAGAUACAGUGACAAGGUCCCACAGUGACAAAGAAACAAUGGAUGCUUUGUUUGCACAGAGGAAUAAUAAAUAUGAUCUUAUAUAA